AUGUCGUCGCGCUACGAUAGCCGCACCACCACCUUCUCCCCGGAGGGCCGCCUGUACCAGGUGGAGUACGCCGAGGAGGCGAUUUCGCAGGCCGGCACAGUCAUCGGCAUUCUCACCUCCGACGGCGUUGUCCUGGGCGCGGAGCGGGGGAUGCAGAACAGCCUCUUCGACUCGGAGAACAUGGAGGACAGGAACAUCAGCGGGGACAAGGUGUACAAGAUCGCCGACCACCUCGGCUGCAGCGUGGCCGGGGUGACCUCCGACGCCUACGCGCUGCUCAACCUCGCCCGCCUCAGCGCGAACCGGCACCGCUACACCUACCAGGAGCCGAUGGCCGCGGAGGAUCUCUGCCGGCUGGUGUGCGAUGAGAAGCAGUUGUACACGCAGUACGGCGGCGUCCGCCCGUUUGGGGUAUCCUUCCUCCUGGCGGGCUGGGACCGCCACCACGGCUACCAGCUGUACCGCACCGACACCAGUGGCAACUACAACACCUGGCACGCCUACGCCAUCGGCCAGAACGACCAGGUGGCCCAGACGCUGCUCAAGCGGGACUGGAAGCCGGAGCUCACGCUAGACGAGGGCAUCGUGCUCUGCCUUCGCGUGCUCGGAAAGACGAUGGACACUGUCAAGCUCUCGGCGGAGCGACUGGAGGUGGCCGUCCUGCACAAAGUGCCGGCGCCCGCGACGCAGCGGCUGCUGGACCCGUACAACGCGUUGCCGGCGACCGUGCCGGAGUUCAAGAUACUGACGGAGGAGGACCUCAAGCCGCUGAUAGCAGAAGCAAACCGCCAGCGUGAGGCAGAGGAGGCGGCGGAGGCGGAAAAGGAAAAGCAGAACGAGCAAAGACUGGCAUCUGCGUGA